AUGGCAGAGUGCAGCCAAGCUAGAAAUUACGAACGGACCAAUGUCAGCUCGUCAUCUAGAGAAUUGGGUCGUCCCAGUACCAAUAUGGCCGUCACUCUACCAGUACUGGUAGAAUAUUAUCAACGGGUGGGUUUAUCGGGAACUGGCCAGCAGGCAAGAGAACUCAAGGAGUUAAUCUCGGCACAAAUUACUCAAUUACAGAUGGCCGUUGAAAAAAUGGGCAAUGAGUUCAGCCUUAGACAGGUACUGGAGGAGAAGGACAAGAUCAUUGAGGAUCAGAAGAAGAAGAUUGGGGAUUUACAACGUGCUUCAGUAACGGACGCUCUCAAAUAUUCAAGAUUAGAGCACCAAUUCAAGGAGACCCAAGCGAAAUGGGCCAAGGAGAAUAAGUUGGCAAAGAUUCUGAUGGAGCUUACCAAGCAGGAGUGUAUGGAGUUGUGGAACCAAUACCAGAAGGAAAAGAAUAGGGUGGCGAAAUUGGAAGCCAGGAGAUCCAAAUUGGAGGACAAUUUUUGGAGACAAUUGGAGAGCUCGAAGACGAAGAACGAGCAAUUGAAGAGAAGGAUUGCCGAAUUGGAGGCAGAAAUGAUUACAGUUACCACGCAGCAAGGAGAGGUCAAUCCAGCAAGUACAUCUUUAUGGGAAUUAGAGAAACAGGUGCAUGCCUUGGAAGAGCAGCUGAAAGAGCGAGACACCCAAAUUGCGCUUUUGGAGUCUCAGGUUCGGGAAUUGGGAGCACUUAACGAGGAUUUGACAACUUUAUUGAACGGAGAGCAGGUGGGAGAGGGAGUUGGAGAAGAAGCUCAAGAAGUCGAAACCAAUCUCACUUAUGGAAAUGAUGAAACGGACCAAGGCAGAGCAGAGGUUCAGACAUUGGAGAAAGCCAAUGAUGUGGUGAUAUUGUAA